GCAGAAUGUUCAACAUCAAUGGACCAAGCGGACCAACCAGUCGCAAUGAGCGACCCAUGCGGCUACCGGAGGACAAGAGGACCGCCGCCUCCGCGGCCAUGAAGCGCAGUACGGAGAAGCAUCGCUCCUCGUCCUCCUUCCAUGAGCGCAAGGCCGAUAAGGAGAAUGCAUGCGUGUCCACACUAUUCCAGGGAUGCAAUUUCUAUUUCAACGGGCGAACUGGCAAUGUAUCCUCGUACUACUUGAUCAAGAUGGCCAAAGCCCAUGGUGCAGGAACCUCGUGAGUUGGAUCCAACAAGUAUACUCAUGUGUAUUUGCUGCUGACAAUGGUAUUUUUAGCAUCAUGCAUCGCAAGACCAGAGUCACACAUGUAAUUGCGACGAACUUGAGUGGCUCCAAGACAGAAGCCGUGCUCAAGGCUGGCGGACGUGUGCACUGUGUACACCCGCAAUGGAUUCUAGACAGCAUUGAGAAAGGCAAGCGACAACCCGAAGCAAAGUACGUCGUGUGCAAAGACUCGACCGUGUCAUCGUCGGGCGCGUCCUUCUUCACUCAAGCACCCCCUUCUAUCCAACAAAGCUAGCCAACAGCCAAACCGCUUACCUGAGCGCAGUCAUGGCACCUAACGUUAUCGUGGAGAAUACUUCGCAGGGUUCCCCUACUACAGUAGUUCGGCCAACGCUCGAUGGCCAAUCACUUAUAGAAUCAAUGUUGCAUCAUCCCUUCCAUACUGAAACCAGCAUUCGUCGAGCAAGUGCGCCUUCACUCUCUCGGUCCUCGUCAACAUGCUACACGUUUCCUUCUCAUCGCACCCCAC